GGUUUUUUUAUUUUAGAUUUUGUUUUCACUGUAACCGGAAGUCAGGUGUUUACCAUGGCCGACUAUGAAAGUGUUUUGUGUGUGAAAAACAAUGUCCACGUAUACAGAAUUCCUCCUCGGCCAUCAAACAGGGGCUACAGAGCCUCUGAUUGGAAGCUUGAUGCACCAGAUUGGGAUGGGAGACUGAGAGUUGUAGCCAAAGGAAAAGAGUUAUUUAUUAAGUUAGAGGACAAAACAUCAGGUGAGCUGUUUGCACAAUGUCCAGUAGACAACCACCCAGGACUGGCGGUAGAAAGUGUCACGGAUUCCAGUCGAUAUUUCGUUAUCAGGAUAAAAGACGAAAGUGGUCGAAGUGCUUUUAUAGGGAUUGGAUUUGAUGACCGAAGUGACUCUUUUGACUUGAAUGUGGCAUUACAAGAUCAUUUUAAAUGGCUGAAGAAAGAAGAGGAGGCUCAAGUAGCCACCAAAGAAUUCAACACGGGUCCCAAACUUGACCUGGGUUUUAAAGAGGGUCAGACUAUCACUAUAAAUGUAGCAAAGACCAAAAAAGUGGGAUCCGAAACAACAUCUUCCAAACCCCGACCAAAGGGAGGCAACUCUGGAGUAUUCCUCCCUCCCCCACCAGGGGGAGUGAAAUUACCCCCACCUACAGGUGGAGUGUUACCACAGACAUUCUCAGCCCCGCCCUCAGGCAAUGUGUCCCAACCCCCGUCACAAUCACAAGUGAAUAAUUCCGGUGGUCAUGUGGAUCUGUUAGACUUUGACUUUGGGGCAUCCCCCAGUAGUGGUUCUGUGAACUCAGCACCUGCCAAACCUGUUCAAGGAAACAGUGACCCAUGGGGAGACUUUACAGGGGCAGGUAAUAAGAAGCCUAUAAAUGGCAUUGACUGCUUCUUUAGUGAGGAAUCCUUCAAUAAAUACUCGGGGAUUCCCUCCACACUGGAAGAGAGACUGUUAAAGAGAAUCCGACAGAUGAAGGGAGAACCUGUCUGUCCCAGUGUCACACACAGGCAGAAUGAAAGUGCUUCAGAUGCCAGGGUUGAACCACCAGAAUCUGCAGAAGGUACUAUGGGUAAAAAAUUGUCUGACAAGCCCACCAAACCAAAGGGGAAAAUCGAUGAACAAGAGGAGAAAGCAAAUUCUAAGACAAAGAAUGCUCCAGAAGCCCAAGGAAAACAAAAAAAGAAAGUAGAGCCACCUUUGGUGAAAAAGAUUCCACCACCCAGGAAGUCCAGAUUUUCACAUGAUCAGCAGAAACAUUAUGUGUACCUCUACAGAAAAUACUCCCACAAGACUACCAUUGAUACAACUGAAGAGGAAAGAGUGGAGAUGAGGGAACUCCAGCUUCUGACAAAGGAAGUUCUAGAGGAGCAGGCAGAAUUUCAGCAGUUCCAAGAAACACUUGCCAACAUGUGUCACAAGACAGACUACACAUACAUGCACCCGGCAGCCAGGAGUUACAUGGAGGACUACAUUCUGAGCAGGAAAAAGGAGGCAGAGUUGUAUCCAAAAUACUACAAUGCAGAAACAUCCUUCAAAAUUGAUGGUGAAGGCCCUCCUUCAAAGAUGGUAUACAGUAAACCGCUUCUUCAAUUGGGGGUGGUGCCAAAGAUGAUCCUGCCUACUGUGACUCAGCAGCUAAAGCCAGAGCUACCAUUGGAUUCUCCAGCUGUCAAUCAGCAGUACCCAGUGUCUAAAAAUAGAAAUCACAAACCAAGUACCUGGAAUCAUGAGCCCUGCAGUAUGGACCAAAAUGCUGAGCACUUGGCUGUAGAGAACAGAGCUCACAUCGUUAUAUCCUCCGGAGCUCUCCAGUGUCUGGUGGACAACCAUGCACCUAAACACCAAGAACAUUGGGAGAUGCCAAUCACUGUCAAGGACUUCCCACUCAAAGAGGGUGAUAAGGUAACUGUGCACAGAGUGGUUUUCAUUGACAGACCAUUUCUACCACCACAGCUUACACCUAAAGAAAAGAACACAAAAUAUUUCAAAACUGUUUUGAAGUCCUUCAUUGCAAAGCCAUUACAGAAAGGACAUGUGUUUAGUAAAUUAGAUGAUUCAGAAACACAGGAGAGAACUUUCAAAUCAACACCUCAAGUCACUCCACAAAGUGCAGGUAGCAAUGAAAGUGGCAGCUCCAAAAAGACUGCAGGUAAAAAGAGGAGCAAGAUUGGUGCUGUAAAGAAAGAAGAGCCGUUCUGUACAGAAGAUGUUUCUUUGGAGGAUCUUGAGUGCUUUGGAACUGCUAAGAAAAAAUUGAAUUCGCUUUCCAAACACAAGCAGACCCCAAUGUUAGAUACUGAUGAGGAUUCUCAAUCGAAGAUAAAGAAUGAACUUGACUCUGGGAGUGCAAUUAAACAUAAGAAACCUAUAGGCAAAGAAAAGUCUAUUGACUCUGAUCAAGACUUGCUGAGAAAAAUCAGGGAAAUGCACAAAACUCCAAAGCAAAUAAGUGCAAUUCAACCUGUAACUCAGCCACGGUUAGAAACAAAAGAAGCGAAGACAGAUUCUUGUGAAAUAAUAUCCGAUUCUCAAGAAGGACCUAAGGAGACUGAUUCUCAGCUCUUCAGUGACAAUGAUAGUGAUAAGAAAACGUGGGAAAGUUGUGAAGUAAAUGUGAUCACAGAAACCAAAGAAAAGCAUUCUGAAUCGAAUGCAAACAAUAUUGAGGGAAAUGCAAUUAAAAAUAUUGAUACAAGUGCAGGAAAUGAAUUUUCACAGAGACUUGGAGAGAAUAAAACUGUUGUUUUGGAGAAAAGUGAACCUUUUACAAUCCCAUGGCGAACACCAGAACCAAUAAAUGAAAAUAAAAAGCCAUCAGUAUCCCCAAGAAAAUCAAGACGACUCCAAGCGAGGAGUGUGGCAGUAAGGAGUGAGGAGGACAGCAGUGAGGAUGAGGAGGACAAGCUAUACAUCAUGGAGUCCCCUACAAAGAAGAUGGAGGUGAUAGAGGAAGCUCCAGCCAGCCCCUCUCCUGCUAGUCCCGAGUCAGAUAUCGGUGACAUGGAGGUCUGCAAGAUCAUCCCCAUAGGAUCGGACUACGCAUCGGACUCUGUCCAGAGUCUGCCCAGGAAACAGGAAUCACCUGCAAGCCCAGAGAAAGGAGGGGUUUCCAGUAUUACUGAGGCUGGGCCUUGUCCCAUUAUUCCUCUGUGUAGGGAGAGUGAGGAUGAGAGUGGGGACCUCUCAGGUCGGGUACAAACUUUGAAGCAGGUGAAUCUGGGGUCUGAGGGUGGGUUUGAUAAACCUUAUGGUACCCCAUUAAGGAGAUCGAAUCGACACAAGAGUUCCAGUCAGAGUUUAGAAUCUUUGAGUGCAGAAAGUGAUCAGAAUACAAAUUUUGCCUGUAAAAUGGAAAGUGCACCCAUUGAAGGAAAAGAGGAGAAUUCUGAAAGCGAAGUCAUUGCAAAAAAGAGGAAAUGUAAAAAGGAUGUUAUUACAUCUGAAAGUGAGGAUGAUAUUAAAGAGGCCAAAAUGAAGUCGGAAGAACCAGUGAAAAAAAGAAGAGGGAGACCUAGAAAAAAUCCGAUUCCAGAAUUUGUUGAACCAAAGGAAAACGAAAGUAUGGGAAAAGUGGUGCCUCCAUGUCGAAUGACAACCAGAUCUAAAUCAUCGGUGGGUGGCACCUCUGAAGACGAGAUAUCUGAGAAAGAGGUACACACAAGAGGAAGAAGAAAAAGGAAGUCAGAGACAGAGGUGUUCAAUGAAAUCAACACGGCAGCUGCCAAAUCAGUGAAGGAAAACUUGAAAGCUGUCAAGAGUCAGGUUGCUGAGAAUGAUAAACAGGCCUUAAAAGUUUCUGCUGAAACUUCAGCUGUGGGGACAAAUAGAUUGAGGUCUAUUGAUACUGAAAAUAUUUUGGGCAAAAUUGGACCCCAGAGAAGAGUUAGUCAUGUAGGAAAACAGACGACGCUACCAGCUUCAAAACCAGAGUUUUCUCAGCAAUCGGAUGUCAUAGCAAGAGGGGGCAAGAAAACCUCAAAACCCACUGACAAUACUGAGGACAAGUUCUCUUUAGAUAACAUUCUUAGUGUACAGCAGAAGCUUUUGAAAUCCAGUGAAGAACAAAAUAUUCCUGCAAACCUGGUUGAAAAUGUUGAUCACAUCUUCAAGUUUCCGUUGCGCAACAACGUGACCUAUAACCUUUGGGAUUUAGGAGGGUUCAAAGUCAUUGUGCGGUGCAACAUUCACGGAGUUAUAAGAGACCUCAAUCAGCAGUUGUCCUUCAUUCACCUGAUUCCAAAGCUGGAGUACCAGUGUCAAUUUGGAAUGGAGCAAGUUACGGCCAGCGAGACAGCGAGAACCUGGAUCUCCUCCUACAUCAGACCCAGCUGUCGAGUCCUGAGAGCCAGAUUCCACACACAGAGGACAGAGUUAGUGUCUCUAGAAGAAUUGCAAGCAGCCCAGCUUAUACCUCCAACACAGAGCUUUAGCCCUGGAAAAGCAUUCCUGAUGCUGCAAAAUAUAUUCCACCAUCUCCACCAGUUGUCUCCGGGUCAAUAUCUCCUUGCUCACAAAAAAUCCUCAGACAAAUGCGUCAUAAAGAAAGCGACAGAGGGUCAUAAAAGAGGCUCCUAUGAUCUGCACUUUCAGCAGCUUGGCUUUGCGGAUCCCGACUUUGACAAGAUGAAAGUUCCAUGGAUUCCACUGGAUCCCACCAUAAUGAUCCCUUAUCACACACUGAAUGGUCGAAUCCCAUUGACCUUUGACCCAUCUGAUUUCAAGUUUAAUUUUACAUCACAAAAUAAAACCACAAAGAGGAAGAAAAAGAACCGAGGAAAGCGGAAUAAAGGCAAGGCCAAAAUACCAGCAUCCAAGUGAUGUACACGUACAUCAUACAGAUGAAAUAGAAAACCCUCACACCUCAGUAUACAAUAAGUACAUGGGUGUGAAAUAAAAACUUACAACUAAUUCAGAUACUUUUUGUAAAUCUAUUUUCUUUGUAAUAUGUGAACUUGCAAUUUUAGAAAAUUUUUGUGAGCUUUGACACUUUGUGAAAUAAAAAGGAUGGAGCAAUUGGAAUCUUUUUUGCUGAAUAGUUAUACAACUUCUUC